CUGUCUUGAGAAACUAAAAAAAGAAAAAAAGAAAAAAGAAAAAUUGAUUAAAAUCGAAUUCCAUCACUUUUUCCCAUCCUUUUCCUCCCUCCUAGUGACCCUCCUUCCUACCCCUCCCAUACCCUCCUCUCAAAUUGAUAGCCUCCUUUUCUUUGGUUAUUGUUACAUAUGUUGCACAAGUGUAGGGUCAUGGGGACCCCAGCCCCAAUGAUACAUCUUUCCACUUUUUAAACUUGAGGACAUUUUUGCAUCAGAGUUGAGAUUCCUAGGGUCCUGACUGAUGUGGCGUGGUGGAUGGUGGUGCCUGUUAUGAAAAGGAGAAGCACAGCAGGAAGACAAGGUCUGGAGGAAAUCAGUUCCUUUUGGACUAUUUCUGUUAGUCAUCCAGGCUGAGAUGUCCAAAAAUGCAAUGAGAUAUACAGGUCUGGGAGUCUUUCAGAACAAGGCUUUAGGGUUAGACCCUCAUGCAAAUUCAGGUUGUAGGAAAUAAUGAGAUUACAUAAACAGAGAAGAGACCCUGAGUCAAAACCCCACAAGGAAUGGGCAGUGGGAGCAGCCAGUGCAAUGAGUGGGGUAUUUAGACCAGUGGGUCAUAAAGUCAUGUGGUUUAGGUGCUGCCCGUUUGAGGCUUACCCUCUUACACUCUUAUUCUGUUUGUAAAUGUUUCAUAUUUCCGUUCUUUUAUUCAGUUUUCCCAAGGCACCUAUCAAACUCAUGUUUGUCCCGCAAGGUCCAGCUCAAGCACCCCUUCCUCUGGAAGCCUUUUAUUCUCCACCAAGCUAGACACUUCCUGCCCUAGCAGUUUGAACUUGUCAAUAUCAUGGCUCUUAUCACAUGGUCAUCAUGUAUCUACAUGUCAGUUUCCCACAGGAGAAAGGCUGGUGUGAGUGGCAGGAGCCAUCUGUGGUCACCAUGGCAAAGAGGGAGGACAGUCCUGGCCCGGAGGUACAGCCAAUGGACAAGCAGUUUCUGGUGUGCAGUAUCUGCCUGGAUCGGUACCGGUGCCCCAAAGUUCUGCCUUGUCUACAUACCUUCUGUGAAAGAUGCCUCCAGAACUAUAUCCCUGCUCAGAGUCUGACACUGUCCUGUCCAGUGUGCCGGCAGACUUCCAUCCUCCCAGAACAGGGUGUCUCAGCCCUGCAGAACAACUUCUUCAUCAGCAGCCUGAUGGAGGCCAUGCAGCAGGCACCUGAUGGGGCCCACGACCCUGAAGACCCCCACCCCCUCAGCGCAGUGGCUGGCCGCCCUCUCUCCUGCCCCAACCAUGAAGGCAAGGAGCCCUUGUCCCGCCAGACGAUGGAGUUUUACUGUGAGGCCUGUGAGACGGCCAUGUGUGGUGAGUGCCGCGCAGGGGAGCACCGGGAGCACGGCACCGUGCUGCUGCGCGACGUGGUAGAGCAGCACAAGGCAGCCCUGCAGCGCCAGCUUGAGGCUGUGCGUGGCCGAUUGCCGCAGCUCUCCGCAGCUAUCGCCUUAGUCGGGGGCAUCAGCCAACAGCUGCAGGAGCGCAAGGCAGAGGCCCUGGCCCAGAUAAGUGCAGCCUUUGAGGACCUGGAACAAGCCCUGCAGCAGCGCAAGCAGGCUCUGGUCAGCGACUUGGAGAGCAUUUGUGGGGCCAAGCAGAAGGUGUUGCAGACACAGUUAGACACACUGCGCCAGGGUCAGGAACACAUUGGCAGUAGCUGCAGCUUUGCGGAGCAGGCCCUGAGACUGGGCUCUGCCCCUGAGGUAUUGCUGGUGAGAAAGCACAUGCGAGAGAGGCUGGCCGCACUGGCGGCUCAGGCCUUCCCAGAAAGGCCGCAUGAGAAUGCACAGCUGGAACUGGUCCUGGAAGUCGAUGGGUUGAGGAGAUCGGUACUCAAUCUGGGUGCACUGCUCACUACCAGUGCCACUGCACACGAGACAGUGGCCACGGGGGAGGGCCUGCGCCAGGCGCUCGUGGGCCAGCCUGCUUCACUCACCGUCACCACCAAAGACAAAGAUGGGCGGCUGGUGCGCACAGGCAGCGCAGAGCUGUGUGCAGAGAUCACUGGGCCUGACGGCACACGCCUCGCAGUGCCAGUGGUGGACCACAAAAAUGGCACCUAUGAGCUGGUGUACACUGCGCGCACAGAAGGUGACCUGCUCCUCUCAGUGCUGCUCUAUGGACAGCCGGUUCGUGGCAGCCCUUUCCGUGUGCGUGCCCUGCGACCCGGGGACCUGCCACCUUCCCCAGACGAUGUGAAGCGCCGGGUCAAGUCUCCCGGUGGUCCUGGCAGCCACGUGCGCCAGAAGGCAGUGCGUAGGCCCAGUUCCAUGUACAGCACUGGUGGCAAACGAAAGGACAACCCAAUUGAGGAUGAACUCGUCUUCCGUGUUGGCAGCCGUGGAAGGGAGAAAGGUGAAUUCACUAAUUUACAAGGUGUGUCUGCUGCGAGCAGUGGCCGCAUAGUGGUAGCAGACAGCAACAACCAGUGCAUUCAGGUUUUCUCCAAUGAGGGCCAGUUCAAGUUCCGAUUUGGGGUGCGUGGGCGCUCACCUGGGCAACUACAGCGUCCUACAGGUGUGGCAGUGGACACCAAUGGAGACAUUAUUGUGGCAGACUAUGACAACCGUUGGGUCAGCAUCUUCUCCCCUGAGGGCAAGUUCAAGACCAAGAUUGGAGCUGGCCGCCUCAUGGGGCCCAAAGGAGUGGCUGUGGACCGGAAUGGACAUAUCAUUGUGGUGGACAACAAAUCCUGCUGUGUCUUCACCUUCCAGCCCAAUGGCAAGCUGGUUGGGCGUUUUGGAGGCCGUGGGGCCACUGACCGCCACUUUGCAGGGCCCCACUUUGUGGCUGUAAACAACAAGAAUGAGAUUGUAGUAACGGAUUUCCAUAACCAUUCAGUGAAGGUGUACAACGCUGACGGAGAGUUCCUCUUCAAAUUUGGCUCACACGGCGAGGGCAAUGGACAGUUCAAUGCCCCCACGGGCGUAGCUGUGGAUUCCAAUGGGAACAUCAUUGUGGCCGACUGGGGCAACAGCCGAAUCCAGGUAUUCGACAGUUCUGGCUCCUUCCUGUCCUAUAUCAACACCUCUGCGGAGCCACUGUAUGGCCCUCAGGGCUUGGCAUUGACCUCGGAUGGCCACGUGGUAGUGGCUGAUGCUGGCAACCACUGUUUUAAGGCCUAUCGCUACCUCCAGUAGCUGCACAAGGCUCGGCUCAUGGAAGGACAGACAUAGGGGUGAUUGGACAAGAGGGUCUGGCUAAGAGGUGGGCCAGACCCAGCAGCACUGAAUGUGGGCUGUGGGCAUGGGUGUGCCCAGUGCCCUUCCCUGCCUCCCCAACCCCACGGUUGCACUUUAUUUAUUCGGUUCUUGCUUUGGUGACUGGGUGGGCCUGGACUGGUCCCAAGGAUGUGUACAGAGCUUCACCCUACCCCAUUUACACACCCCCUCUAACACCCUCAGUCUGCUCUCUGCCCCCCCCCAGCCUGGGGCCAGAACAACCUCUUACUUCAUAAUGGAAGUCCCUCUGGUUGUCUCCCUGCCACCCCAUACACACUGACAGAGACAGCAAUACCCCACCCUGUACUAAAUAAAUGUGUUUGCCAAGG